AUGUCACCAGCCAUUACUUCGCCAGCAACCGCCUCGUCAGCGCCUAUCGAUAAUACUGCGCUGAAACCCACCGAUGCCGGCGUCAAGAAGCCCGCAAAGAAGCAGAAGGCGAAGCAAACCGGUUUCAAGAAGAACCAGAAGGCGAAGCUGGCUCUGCAGAGGAUGCACGUGUUCUACAAGAUCAAAGCUCACCGUAGUGACGACGAGUACAAGGAUAUGACUUUUCCCGAGCAGCAGAAGGUGUUGGGGAAGCUUUGGAAGGCUUCGCCGGAGAACCCUAGGAACAACGCCUAG